AGCCCCCAAUGGUGAAAGUGACGCACCGGGAGAGCACCGGCAGCCUGGAGACGCUCGUCUGCCGGGUCUACGGCUUCUACCCCAAGCAAAUCGAGGCCACCUGGCGGAAGGAUGGGGUGGCUUGGGAGCAGGAGACCCUCCGCGGGGGUGUCGUCCCGAACUCGGAUGGGACCUUCUACACCUGGCUCAGCAUCCAGAUCAACCCGCAGGACAGGGACCGCUACCAAUGCCACGUGGAACACAUUGCCCUAAAGCAGCCCG